CGAUCCCGAGGACGUCGCUGAAGAGGGAACCGACUGGACCAUGGUCAUCCCGGAUCCAUGGAAGCUGGUUUUAGCUUUAUCCCCGAAGGCAGCCGGCCCGUCCGCGAUUGAAUUUUAUCUGGCGAUUCACGUAUGCAUAGACACCCCCUUGGGGCUGAAACGGAACUCGAACCCGAUUUCAAAUCCUCGCCCGUAUUUGACUUUCGAUGCUGAUUCGUCCUUUACGUCAGCGACCAGAGAUCCAACGAGACUGGAUAUGCCUUUGUUCCGGAGGGGUCAUGAUUUUGGAGGUUCCAAACACCCCCAAGUGAAGUUAACUCUGCAUGCGGACAACACGUUCGGUAUGACAACCAUGACUAUUUCACCAGUGCCUAUUUUAUCACACCAGUAG